UCGAGCCUGGCAGAGGGAGCCAUAUUUUUCCAAUAUCAGUUACGCGAAAACAGCGCACACGUAUAGCAUUGCGUAUUAAAUAUAUAAUAUAGAAUGGAAUUUUUAUCGGCUCGUUGGCAGCUCACCUCGGUAGAACGCGUUUGACCAUCUCGGCCCCGAGUGGCCUUGAUAGAAUCAUUUUAUUCCAACCUCAAAAAAUUAAUAAUAUAAAUAACAAAUUAAAAAUCAUAAUAAAAUAUACAUAAACGGGUGUGAUUGUUUGUAUUAAUUAUAUCACUUGUGUAUGUGUAUGUGUGUUUAAUAAACAAGCAAGAAAACAAACGAAAAAAAAAAGGAAAUAAAAAAAAACAACAAUUUAUAUAUAAAAAUGAAAAGUUACAAUAAAAAGUAACAAGAGAAGAAUAACAAACAAACAAAAAAUAAGAGAAUGCCGAAGAAGCUAGUGGAGUUUCGGAGGCGUACACUUCGUUGUCCAGUGAUGUCGGUGACGCGGAGCCUUGCACUGCUGGACCUGGACAAUGGCCGGCAAGCCUGAGCAGUCAAUUUCUCACCCUGCUCCUCCGAAUCAUCAUCAUACACAACAACAUUAUCAUCAAAAUUAUCAAGACAAUAAUAAUUGUCAUGAACAACAACAACAACAUCAAAAUUUAUUAAAUAAUCAAGAAUUUAAUGAAAAUAGUGUUUUAGUUUAUAUACCAAAUGACAAUUACGCCUAUCAACAAUUAUCUGAUAAUAUUGAAACAACAAAUUAUCAACAAAAUAUUGAUAAUCAAACAACAACAACAGAUGAUAUUUAUGAUAAAUUAAAUUAUCCAUGUGAUAAUAAUACAACAAUAAAAACAAUCGAUUUAAAUUAUCAUCAAAAUAAUAAUAAUAAAAUAAAUAAUCCAUCAAAUUGCAAUGAUAAUAAUAAAUGUGAAAAUAAAAAAAAUAAUAAAAAAUAUAAAAAAACGGAAAAUAAUUAUGAAAAUAUAAGGGCGACUGGAUCGCCCAUUAACACAAUAAAAAUAGAUAAAAAUAUAUUAAAUAUAUCAUCAUGUCUUGGGAGCGCAAAUAGUCCAGUCCACAGUGAUGCUGAUAGUCUGAGUGGUACAAGUGAUUCAGGUGUUGUUGUUGUUAAUGAUAAUAAUAAUACAUCAUCAUCGUCAUCAUCAUCAUCACCAUCAUCAACAUUAACAACAGCAACAACAGCAACAAUUAAAUCAGCGCUCCCAAGUAAUGCAAUAAUAUUAUCAGAUAUUGAUGAUAAAUGUAAUAGCUAUGAUAAUUCAUAUGAAAUAUGUCAUUUUGAUACAAACGGUAUUGAAUAUUUAGAUAAUUGUGCUAACAAUAUACAAUUAAAUGAUGAUUUAUUGAUAAAUAAAAAUUUUGAUUGUGAAGAUAAUAGAGGCUGUGAUUCAGUUAGAUCGGAUACCGGUGAAUCAGCUUACAGUAGUAAUAUUAGUAGUCCAGAUUGUCAAAGUGUUGUUGUACAAGUUAAUUGUGACUCUGUUUGUUCAUUAAAUAGUGGUAGUUGUAGUAGUAAUAGUAAUAGUAGUAAUAGUAGUAUUAGUGGAGGUAAUAAUUGUGCUGGUGAUACUAUUAGUGUUUGUGGUACAAGUGAUACUUGUUCUGAUGGUGGUAGUUUGUGUGUGCAGCAGGCUGCACAAAUUAAUGUGCAUAAUAGCAACAAUGUUGCAUUGACUAUGAAUGAUGGUGUGGUUUUGCAACAACAACAACAACAACAGCAACAACAACACUAUCAUCAACAGCAACAACAGCAUCAUCAGCAGCAGCAACAGCAUCAGCACCAACAACAACAACAACAGCGCCAUCAACAACAUCAUAUACAAUUAGCAGCAAUUGCAGCACCAACUGGAUGGAAGAGGAUAUGCACCAACGGGGUCAUCAUAUAUAUAAGUCCAAGCAGUACGGCGCUGGGUUCGUUGGAUCAACUCAAGGAGUACCUGACAACAGCGGGCACUUGCAAGUGCGGAUUAGAGUGUCCGUUUAGACCUGAACAAGUCUUUAAUUUUGAUCCCAAGGUAGCAACACGACCUUGGAGUCCAGAUCAAGGCAAAACACGUGAAAUGACAAAAUUGUGCAAUCAUAAAAGGAAACUUUUGUUGCCAUUGGCAGCUGCUAGUCCGGUUGCAUCUUGUACACAAGUCAUAUCAUCAUCAAUAUUGCCAACAACAAUUGAUUCAAGUCACGAAAUAAUAACUGAUAAAACGAAAAAAGAUGGAUUGAGUAAAAAGAAAAAAAGAAAACUUGCUAUCGCAGGAAACGUUUAUUCUGAAGUCUCAAUGUCACAAUUAAUUGGCCAAAGAGAACAACAACAAGGUAUCAACGUGGCGGGUACAACUGGAAUACAAGGCUUGUCAGCCUCAAAUGGCUCACAAGUCUGGCCGAUAACUGCUUUACCAGUACAGCAAAAUCAUCAACAGAUUGACCAUCAAUCAAUAAAUUCACCCUCACAAAAUAUUGAUAUAAAUGGUUGUUCAAUGAGGAAUCCUCAACAAAGAUUAAAUCAAUCGAACAUGACAAACAUGGUAAUGGGUAAUCCAUUGAUAAUGAAUCAACAAGGAACGAAUUUUAACAACAUAAAUCAACAGUAUCACAUGAACCAGUAUCAACAACAACAUCAACAACAACAACAACAGCAACAGCAACAGCAGCAACAGCAGCAACAACAAAAUAUUCCACAAAACCAAUCAAUUCAUAAUCAACAAAUGCAACAAAUGCCAAUACUACAUCAGGACCAACAUCACCAAAACAUUAUGUCAAAUCAAAUACCACAUCAGCAGCAAUCCCCACAUUAUAUUAAUCAAAUAAAUGAUAAUACAGUUCAUAAUAUGCAACAACAAUUGCACAUGAAUCAACAACAAAUUCAUUUACAACAACAAAUGCAAAAACAUUCACAAAAUCAACAACAACAGCAACAACAACAACACCAUCAGCAUAAUAAUAAUAAUAAUCAAGAUUCAUGUCAACAACAAAUUCCAAAUUAUAAUUCACAUCAUAAUAAUGAUGAAUUUGUUCAUCAUAUGCAAUCACAAAAUUCAAUACAUCCACAAAUGCAUCAAUUUCAUCAGCAUUCAAUACAACAUCAACAAAAUCAACAACAACAACAGCAGCAGCAACAGCAGCAACAUUCAAAUCAGCAUUUAAUUCAAAAUCAAGAACAUGAACAAUUUCAAAUGCAACCACAGCAUCAAUUACAUCAAUAUAACAAUCAAAAUAUGAAUCAAAAUCAUAAUCAUAUUGAUAUUGUUCAGCAAUCAAAUGGUCAAUUGAUAUCUGGUAUUAAUAAUGCUGAUAUUCAAAUAAGAACACAUGAUAAUAUACCAAUGAAUGAAGAUGACAUAAAUAAUGUCAAACAAAUUUCACAAAAUAAUCAACAGCAACAAUUAUUAAUGCAUAAUCAUAAUAUGGAUAGACUUUAUGGUAAUACACAAAGUGUAAGUCAUGAUAAUAUGCAAAGAAUAUAUAGCCAACAUCAGGUACCAUUUCAAAGAAAUUGUGAACAAUUGAAGAAUAGUAAUGUAGAAUUAAAGUCUGGCCAACAGCAACAACAUCAUCAAAAUCAACAAAAUCUUCAUCACUUGCAACAACAACAAGUGCAACUUCAACAACAACAAGUGCAACUUCAACAGCAACAACAGCAGCAACAACAACAACAGCAACAGCAGCAGCAACAACAACAGCAGCAGCAGCAACAGCAACAACAGUACAUGUUAGUUAGUCAAGCUGGAAGAAGUCCAUGCAAUGGAAAUAUAAUUGAAGUACAAUCAGUGAUUGGUACAAAUAAUAAUCAACAAAAUAAUAUACAUUUUAAUCAAAGGAAUCAAAUGUGGCAAACAAAUAGAACAGUUGUACCAUCUUCUCAUCAAUCACCAUCAGCAACAAUACAAUGUAAUAGUAUUGAUCGUGUACCACCAUUACAUCAUCAUAUACCACCAACAGCAUCAUGGCCAGAUGAAGUUGCAAGAAAAAAAUCAAAACCAAGUAAAUCAUUGGCUAAAAAACAACGACAUCAUAAUAAUAAUAUGUCUGAUAUAAGAAAUACAAUUGAUAAUUCAAAUCAAAGUCCUGAUAUUGAUAAUAAUUAUGAUAAAAUAAAUAAUCAAAUUGGAUCAACAGUUAGUAAUAGUAGUCCAAGUUUUUUGGAUGAUCCAAGUGGUUAUCUUGCCCAACAAACAGCAUUAUUAAAUAGUACAAUAUCACGUCAAACUGGUGUUACAAGUUCACAAUUAAUAAAUCAAAAAAUAAAUAAUAAUAAUCAAAUAAAUAAUUAUUUAAUACAACAACAACAACAAAAACCAACAUCAGCAACAAGUCCAACAUCAUCAUCAAUUAAAAAUCAUGCAACAUCACCAGUUAUUGUACACAGUAGUAUGACACCAACAUCAAUAUGUAGUAAUACAAAUGAUUCUGAUAAUGGUUGUGAUACACAAACAUAUAAUAUACAAGAACAAUUUAAUAAAACAAUUAAUCGUCAGUCUUAUAUUGGUGGUACAAUACAUAGUGUUAAUGAUCAAGAUCCAGUGACAUCAUCAACAUAUAAUGAUAGAUUUAUUGGUAAUUUACAACAAAUGGAUUCACGUCCAAUUCAAGGUGGUACAAUAUCAACAAGUCAUGGUUCACCAAUUGGUACAAAUAGUCCAAUUAAUUCAGAUAAUUUAUCUGAUAAUAUUAGAACAAAUUCUGCUUUAUCACAACCAGCAACACCACAAAGUAUAAAUUCAUCACAACCAUCAACACCACAUAGUUAUUCACAACCAUCAACGCCACAUCCAAAUCAAUCAUUGACACCUGGUUGUAUUGACAGACCAUCACAAUCAUUAAAUAAUAAUAAUAUUAAUAGUAAUAAUAAUAGUAAUAAUAUUAUUAAUAAUCAACAAAAUAAUCAAAAUAAUAAUAAUAGUAAUGCUAAUAAUAAUAAUAAUGAAAAUAUUAUAAAUAUAUCAAGUAUAACAUCAGCAUCAAGUACAAUAUCACCAAGUACAUCACCAAUAUCAGAAACAAUUAGUCAAACAAAUGGUAAAAAAUUAAAUACACGACAAAAUAUUCCAGAUGGUUAUCAACCACAUCCACAUACAAUUAAUACAAAUCAAAGAAUUUCCAUGAUACCAUAUAGUGGUCCAUCAACUAUUGUUACAACAAUGGCAAGUGGUCAUACAUACAGUUGUAAUACAAUAACAUCAGUUGUUGCUGGUAAAGCAAAUACAGCAACUGUAUCAAUAAAUACACCAUCAGGUAUGCAAAAUAUUCUUACAAAUAAAUCAACACUAGGUGGUAAUGGUAUUACUGUUAGUUCAGCUAUUAUUUAUCCAGCAAAUUCAAUAUCAAUAUCAUCAAGUCAACCACAAAAUAGUAUUGUAUCAAAAUCACCACUUGAAAUGGUACAAAGUGUUGUUAGUAGUAUUCAAGUACCUCCAGCAAAUUCAACAGCAUCUAAUAUGCAUCAUCAUCAACAUCAUCACCAUCAACAACAACAGCAACAGCAACAACAACAACAACAACAACAACAGCAACAACAACAGCAGCAACAACAACAACAAAAUGUUCAAGUACACAAUGUUUUGACAUCCAAUGGUGUAUUGAAACAUUCAACGGCAUCUGGAUUACCACCUGGUCAUAUACUUGUAUCAAGUGGUGGUCAAUUAAUAAUGGCAAGUACUGGUAAUGGUAUAAGUGGUGUUAUGGCACCUCCACCACCAAAGUUAAUAUCAAAUUCAAAUUCAAUGCCACCAUUAUCAGUAUCACCAAUGGUUACAAAUGUAACUGGUGCUGUUAGUCAAGUUAUACCAGCUGUUGGUGUUGCACAACAAGUUAUUGGACAACCAACAGUACUUGUUAAUACAAUACAAACACCAGUAUUAAUACAACCAAGUGUUAUGACAAUGGAUUCAAUUGGACAAAAUGUACAAAUACCACAUUUAACUGUUGCAACACAAUCAUUAAUUGAUUCAAAUCAUCAAGAUAUUAAUAGAACAAAUCAAAAUAUUAGGCAGAAUAAUAAUCACAAUAAUAAUAAUAAUAAUAACAAUAUAUUAUCACCAGAAACAAAUAAUACAACAACAAUUAAAAAGAAAAUAUAUAAAAAACGUAAUAAAAAUAAUACACAAACAGUUGCAUCAAUGUUACAUAUUGCAUCAUCACAACAAAAUACUGGUAUGUUAAUGCAAUCACAAUCAAAUUUUGCACAACAAAAUUAUCAAACUCAAAGUAUUGGUGGUCCAAUGUUACAAUCAUUAACAAUUGUACCAGGUAAAGGUGGUGGUCCAGCACAAUUAGUUAUGAAUGGACAAACAAAUGGUACAUCACAAUUUAAUACACAACAAAUUAUAACAAAUUCACAACCAACACAACAAAUAAAUUUAUUACAACCAGUUAAUUUAUUAAAUAGUACAACUGGUAUGGUACAAAAUUUUCCAACAAUACAACAAUUUAUUGUACCUGGUUUAGGUAGUAUGGUUAUGUCUGCUGAUGGUACAACAACAUUAUUACAAGAUACUGGUAAUUUAGGUAUGCAAUUACAAAUACAAAAUGUUAAUGGACAAAAUGUAUUAACACCAGUACAAAAUCAUGGUAAUUUAUUUAGUCAAAAUCAAAGUAUAUUAGCAGCUGGUCCAGCUGGUAUGGUUAUACGUGCACCACAAACAACUGGUGGUAAAUUAAUACAACAACAUAGUCCAGGUACACAAUUUAUAUCACAAAAUUCUGGACAAUUUCUUGUUAAUGGUACAACAUCAUUUGGCAAUCAAUUAAGUCCAAUUGUUGCAAAUGUCAAUCAAAAUCAACAAGUUACAUUUAAUACAUCACAAGUUAGACCAACAAAUAUACAAGGACAACAAGAAUUUAUACAAAUGAAUGGACAAACAUUAAUGGUACCAUGUGCAACUGCACAAAAUAUUGCAGUAUCAUCAUCAUCAAAUCGACAAAAUACAACUUAUGUACAACAAAAUACAACAAUUGUACAACAACAAACGACAAUGGUAUCAAAUAAUCAAAUACCUGAAUUUACAACUGUUGGAAAUAAUAAUAACAAUAAUAAUAGUAAUAAUAAUAACAACAACAACAAUAAUAAUAAUAAUAAUGUCGAACAAUCAUUAACAAUUGAUCCAAAUCAUUCUUAUAUAUUGAGUAAUGGAAUGUUGCAAAGAAAAUCACCAUCAUCACCUAAAAGUAAUAUGAGUUCACCAUCAUCAGAACAAAGUGUUGAUCAACAACAGCAUCAACAACAUCAACAGCAACAGCAGCAGCAACAACAACAAAAUUGUACAACACAAUUUAUAUUGACAAAUAGUAGUAAUGGUAAUAAUAAUGUUGGUAAUUUGAUUGAUAAAAAUAUACUUGAUAGUGGACAAUUGAGUCCGUCAAUGAUACGACAUUCAGUGUCAACUCAAACAGCUGUUAAUCAAGCAAAUAAUAUGGGACAAUCAGUAUUGAUGAGACAAGGUUCACCACCAGACACAACAACACAUAGUCCUAGUAAUAGUCACAGAUCAAAUAGUCCAGCUGUUGAUACAACAACACAUGGAGCUGCAUCACCAGCACCACCAAUAACUGCUAGACAUCAUUCAUCAUCAACUCCAAUGGUACAUUGUAUAUCAAGCAGUGAACCAGAUACUGGUGAUAUUCAAGGUACACCAGAUGACUGGAGAUUACAAGGAAUAACAACCAAAGAAAUAACACUAAAUCAAAUGGCUCAAAAUGGAAAAACAUUUGUUGAAUCAACAGUUACAACUGGAAUACAGAUAUAUACAACAGAGACAUUGAAACAAGCUGAUGGUGUUGUGAGUACGAUGAGAUGUGAGGGAAGAGAACAUGCUAUUGGUCGUGGAAUCAAACGUAAACUGGAUACAAUACAUUCAAUGCAUUCUACUCUGCAUGAAGACCAAACUGUUACGGACGAUGAUACGAGAAAACUUGAAGUUGGUGAAGUCGUUUGGGGUGCUGCACAUGGUAGUCCUGCUUGGCCAGCAAAAGUUGUGUCAUUAGAAUCACCAGAUGCAAUGACAGUAUGGGUACGUUGGUAUGGGGGUGGGGAUAAUUCAACCCAAGUACAUAUCAAGAAUCUCAAAUGUCUUUCUGAUGGUCUUGAGGCACAUCAUCGAGCACGAAAAAGAUUUAGGAAAAAUCGUAAACUGAAUAUGCAGCUGGAAAAUGCAAUUCAAGAAGCAAUGGCUGAACUGGAUAAUCUAAGUGAUAAAAAAAAUAAUAAAAAAAUUUCUAAAAAACAUGAUGAUAUUGUACAUAUUAAAAAAAAAUCAUCAUCAUCAACAACAACAACAGAAUGUUCAAAAACUGAUAAUAAUAAUAAUAAAUCAGUCAAACGAAUAAAGUCAAAAAAAUUAAAUAGACAACAACAAAUGGAGUCACAAAAAACUGGUAGAUAAAAAUAAAAAAAAAACAUACCAGUUAUUACAAAAUAAAAGAAGAAAAACAAUUUUUUUUUUUUUUUUGUUUUUUAGUUUUAAGUUACAUUAUUAUUAUUAUUAUUUUGUUUAUUAAAAUUUAUAAAUUCAACAAGUUUAUUGUAGUUAAUUGCAUUACGUUGAUACGUUGAUGUAAUAAUUUUAAUUAUUGUAAAUAAUUUAAUGCCUAAUAAAUAAUUAUAAAUGUAAAGGAGAUAAUUCCGUUGAACGAUAAUGGAAAUAAUACUCAUGAGAGAAUGAUCGUACUAUGAUAAUUGAUGAUUUAAAUUAAAAAAAAAAAAAUGUUUACUGGGUGGGGGCAAUAAUUGUAUAUGUAAAUAAAUAUAUAUGCGUGUAAUAAUGUUGGAUAUAACGAUAGAGAAAAAAAAAAGAAAGAAAAAAAAAAAAAAAAAAAACAGUGAUAUUAGAAUUUCUUUAGUGUCUCAAAAUUUUGACCAAUUUUUCGUAGAAUAUCUACAAAUUCGGAGGUUCUUCUCAUUAAAUAAAAAAUUUAUUUAAAAAUAUAAUACAAUAAUGUCAUUUGUCUUGACUUUUAUUCAUAAUUUUCGAUAACGAUUGUUUAAUAAAUAAACAACGAUUGGCCUAUGUAAAAUGAGAAUUACAGAGAAAACAAAAUUUUAAAACAAAAAAAUUUAUAAAUGGUUUAUUUAUAUUUAAAAAUAAUAAUAGUAUUUAAUUAUAAUAAAUAAUCAAUUGUAGAUGAUGUUACUGUGAAGUCUGAAAUUCUUAGACAAAUUUUGAUAAUAUUCAAGCAUAAUCAUUAACCAGUUAUUCAAUUUAUGUAACGAUAAAAAAUGUAAUUUGUUUAAACGAAAAAGCAAAAAAAUAAAAUCAACAAGCAUAAUAAAAUUUAUUUAUUAAAUGAAAUAUUAUUUUUAUGAUAAAAUCAUGUCGUUAUUUCAGCUAACAAAAUAGAAUUAAAUUUAUAAAAAAAAUACAAAAUUGUAACUGAUCAAAGAGAGAAACUUAAAAUUCAAAAUUUCAUAUAAAAUUUAAUUAAUAUAAUACUUAAUCGCCCGAGUCUUGCCAGUGUAACUUCUUCCGAUAGAAUUGCUAUUUUUGCACGCAAAAAAAAUAAAUAAUUAAAUAAUAGAAAUAAAAAUAUUCAUAUGAUGAAUAUUAUUAUCAUAACCGAAUAAAAAUCUCAUAAAUUCGCACAAUGUUUGAACAUUCCUUGUUGAAUAAUUAUUUAUGCCGAAUAAAAUAGAAACAUAAAUCCGUAAAAUAGAAAAGAAAGAAUUUAAAAAAAACAGAAAUGUAUAAUCAAGAAUUAAAUCAAAUGAGCAUAAAUAAAUUUAAAAAAUUAAAUUUGGCAAUAUAACCACUCAAAAAUACGAUGGUGCUAUUUAGAGAUUUCUUUUUCUUAUUUUUUUUUGGCUUACAAUAUACGCAACAGACAAUAAAACAAAAAUCUACAAAUAUCAAAAGCUUGGAAAUUAAAUUACAUGCACUUGUAUAUCAAUUAAGCUCGCUUUUCAAUAUUUCAUUUUUUAUUAUUUAAAAAAAAAAAAAAACAAAGAUUUAAAUAAUGAAAAGAAAGAAUGAAAAAAAAAAACGGGUAUAGCCAUUGUAAAUAAUUUUAAAUUUUAACUAUUUGAUAAAAAUUAAAAAUGAAAAUAGAUAAAUGUAAAGUAAUUCAAAAUUAUAACGUAGUAAAUUUUUCAUCCAUAUUUAAAUAAAAAUUUUAAAAACAAUAAUAAAACGGAUCAUUAACAUAUCGCCGGCAGAUUUUUAACAAAUUUUUUUUUCUUUUUGGUAUGAACACUGUCGAAAAUAAAAUAAUAAUAAUUAAAAAACAUUAAAUCUUUUUACUGUAAUCAAAAGUCUCAAAUUUUGAGUAAAAAAUAAUAUUGAUAUUGAUGUAUAUUUUUUUUUACUGUAAAUACAUUAAUACGCCUUAACAAUAGUAAAAAUUAUCGUAAAUGUUUAUUGCAAAUUUUAUAUGCAAAAUGACCGUGAGAUAUUUAAAUAAAAAAUAAUCCAAGUGAUUUAAAAUCUUGGUAUUAUCAAAAGAAAAUUUCAAAAAAAAAUAGCAUAAUAUUGUCGAAUAAAUAAGCAAAAAAAAAAAAUGUCUGGAGAUUGGAGAAGUAAAUUUAAAUGAAUAAAAAAAUUUUAACAAGACCAAAUUUUAAAUUUUAAAGUCAAACUACAUUGCAGAAUUUCCAUACGAAUUUCCAUCGAAUCAAAUAAAUUAAAAUUAAAAAUAACUUGUACGUUUUAAAAUCUCUAAUCUCACUGGACUGACUGGAAAUUUAAAAAUAAUUUACUUAUUAAAAAAAGAAAAGAAAAAAAAAAUGAAUAAAGUCACCAUUUGGAUGUAUCAGAUAAUUUUUACUCUGAUAAAUUAUUUUACUAGAAUGUCAUUUAACUUCUUUUGAAUAAGUAAAAGAUAAAAAACCUAAUUAAACAAAAGAAAAAAUAGGUAAUAUAAAUAUAAUCAUAAUUAAAAGAAUAGAACAAAACUAUUUAUAUCAAAAAUAUCGAUGUAUAUGACCAGUAUUUUCUAUAAUAUAAGAUAAAUCAUUGACUGACACUCCAGAUGGUGGCAAAUGAAUUUGAAUCAUAAUUCAAUAUGAAUGAAAAUAAAUAAUAUUUAAAAAAUUACAGUGAAUAAAUUUAUGAAUGAUAAUAAAAAAAAAAAUAGAUUUAACAAAAACUACAGUAGAAACAUGACAAAAAAACAAAAAUAUAAUACAACCCUUUAAUGUAAAAGAAAAUAUAAAAAAAAAAAAAACA